AUGGCGGACGGCGGCGGCGGCAGCUCGGACGGUGGUGGCCGGCGACGCUACGGCGAGCUCCCGCGCCGGCUAAGGUGCGCACGGCGUGCGCUCGGCUGCGGCGAGGCGGAUGGUGGUGGCGGCGCGGGCAGAGUCGGCCUCGGGUGGCCGGGGGAAGCGGCCGGAGGUGGCGGCGCACAAGCUCGCUCCGGCGAGCAAUCUGGGCGGCCUGGCGGCGCUAUUCGAGUGGGGGUUGGGGGCAAAUGGAAGAGAGGAGCCUGGGUAUUUAAGGGGGGCUCUCAGGGGGCGAGAUGGGGGUCGUGGGGGAGUGGAGCGACGUGGGGGCGAGGUGGCCGGGCGGUUACCGCGAGCGUGGCUGGAGGUUGGGGACGCCCCUGA